AUGGUUAUUCCUGACCAUUCUCUUACAGGCCUUGUUGGUGAGGCCGAGCAGGACCGAAUCUGCCCUAUACGGUAUCUGCACAACCCUUUGCAGUCCAAUCCGCCAUGGAUUCAUCGUUGCGUUGUUUCGUUCCCUAGAGGCGGAGGAGAGGUUCACAAUACCAAGGAGCGCGUGUUCAAUACGUUCAAUCCGCUCAAUGGCAUAUGCGACGUUCCUUACUGCAGCUCCAUCUCCGAUGUGUACGAAUCACGGUUCUGGAGAGAGGGUAUGGAGGCGGCGAGAACAACAAUAUUUCUUCUUGCCAGCGAGGAAGAUGAUGAACACCUCCCUGUGAAGCAUGGAAUGUCCAUUCAAGACAUUGCACGCCGGGAACUUCGUCCUGGAUUCAAGCACCGUGUCUUGCGCUGCCCAGGUUACAUGUAUCCCUUUACCACAGAUGCACGACGAUACGAACUCAUCGCUAUAUUCGCCUGCCUGCUUUUUCUUUUCGACGACCGGAGCGAGGUAGUAGGCGACAAGGAAGUGCCCGCAUUGAUCGACGAUUUCUGCAAGCGGUUAGAGGAUCCCAAAUACACAUCCAAACUCGCAAAGACACCUCUGCAAGCAUUUCUUGACCAAGUCACAAUCGACGUACGCGCCGCCGAUGCGCAAAAAGGAAACGGAGGCGAAGACAUGUACAAAGAACUCCGCAACCACGCACUCCAAUCUAUCAAUCCCCCAGAGACCUUCGCAUCAUUGGAGGACUAUCUCACAUUCCGCGACGGAAACAUUUGCGCAGGCUGGACCUUCGCCGCCGUAAAGUUCUCCCUAGCAUCCAGCGUUGAUAUCCAACAACCCGCCAUUGCGCACUUUAUGAAACUUGCGACGGAGCACCUUUCCAUCGCCAAUGACCUCUACAGCUACGAGAAAGAAGCGCGCGCCUACCGUACAGGUGAAUGUCCUGACCUCAUCAAUUUCGUCACCGUCGUGCAAAAGCUACUCGGUCUCCCUAACGAAGCUUCUGCGCUGGAAAUGUCGUACGCCCUCUUACUGCAGCGCGAACAGUGGCUCUGGGAGGAGUUGAAGCGGCUCGAGACGCAGAAUCUGAGUGAAGAGACGUGGGAGUUUUUGAGGGGUAUGUGGGCGAAUCUGUCGGGGAAUACCUUCUUUAGUAUGACGACUGUGCGGUAUGGUGGGGAGAAGUCGAGGAUACCGAAGCAGAUGAAGACAUCGGAGCAAGUGAAAGCACCAGAGUGUGGCUGUAGGAUGAGCGGUAGGGCGGAGUCGGACAGUGGGUAUUCGGAUGAUGCGUCGAAUGGUGCUAGUAAGAUUGACACUCCAAACGACCUCAGUAAGGUUGGUACUUUGGACGGUAUCAACAAAGUCCUAGCCAAGUGA